UCGAGAGAGGGAAGAGGUGAGAAAGUUUAUUUUGUCGGCCAUUAAUGCUUCAGUGUGGAGCUUUCUUUCUUUCUCUCUCUCUCGGCCCUCGGAUUCAGCAUUCAGGAAACGAUUUUCUUCUCAUUUGGGUUUGUAUGCUUUUGUUGUUUGAUUAGAGAGGGAGCAAAAGGGAGAGAAAGUUGUGAUCCAUUGCACUUGAGUUCGACUGAGAAAGGAAAAGCUAGAUUUGAUGCAUGAGUUUGUAUAUCAAAAAGGUGGAUUUUACUGAAAAAUUUUUGCCUAGAAAUCGAAGCUGUCGCUAUUUUGAAGAUCUUUGCGUGAAAAGGCGAGUUGGGUUUUUUUAUCUCGUCUUGUGGGUAAUGAAUUUUACGGUUUUGAUGUCUAGAGUAAUCGGAAAUGGUGGACUUUGUGGGGUGUUUUUGAUGAACUAUGGGCUCAGAGGCAUGUAACUGCGUUACCUUGUGGAGGAUACUGGUUCGUUAGUGUGUUAAUGUAAGAUAGCUAACCUUCUGCAGGUUCUUAUAUUCUUUUUGGGUGUUAACUUGAGUUGAGAGCCGACUAUUAAAAUGUUGAGGAUUUUGAAGUCGAAGCGAGGUUCUUUUAUGGGCUUUGGUGGAUUUUUACUGGUAGCAGCUCUACUGAUUUGGGUUUCUGAGGGGCUAAAUUCGGAAGGGCAAUACCUCCUGGAGCUGAAGAGCAGCCUUCAUGAUGAUAUUAACCAUCUGAGUAGCUGGAAUGCCAGAGAUGAGACGCCAUGUGGAUGGGUGGGUGUGAAUUGCACACUCGACUACUACAAUCCGGUGGUCUGGUCUCUUGAUCUUAAUUCCAUGAAUCUUUCUGGGACCCUUUCAUCGAGUAUUGGUGGUUUGGUCCACCUGACAUAUCUCGAUUUGUCAUACAAUAAAUUCUCUGGAAGCAUACCAAAGGAGAUUGCUAAUUGUUCAAAGUUGGAGGUUAUUUACCUGAACAACAACCAGCUUGAAGGUGAAAUACCUGUAGAAUUGGGCAACCUUCCUUUAUUAACAGAAUUAAAUGUAUGCAAUAACAAAAUAUCUGGACCUCUUCCAGAGGAGUUUGGAAAUCUUUCAUCUUUGGUUCAAUUAGUUGCAUAUACUAACAACUUGACAGGCCCAUUGCCUCAUUCACUUGGGAACCUGAAGAAAUUGAGAAUUUUUCGAGCAGGGCAGAAUUUGAUAUCCGGAAGCAUACCUGCAGAGAUAAAAGGAUGUGAGAGCUUGGAAGUACUGGGUCUUGCCCAAAAUCAGUUAGGUGGUGAAUUACCCAAGGAGGUUGGGAUGCUUGGGAACUUGAAGGAAAUCAUCCUUCAAGAUAAUGAGUUAUCUGGGGUUAUUCCAAAGGAGCUAGGGAAUUGUACGAACCUCAGGACUCUUGCUCUGUACCAGAACAAUCUUGUGGGUGAAAUACCUGCGGAGAUUGGAAACCUGAAGCUUCUGGAAAAGUUGUACCUUUACAGGAAUUCGUUGAAUGGGACAAUUCCAAAGGAGAUUGGAAAUCUUUCUUUGGCAACAGAGAUAGACUUCUCAGAGAAUUCAUUGUCAGGAGAAAUACCAAUAGAGUUAACUAAGAUAAAGGGUCUACGCUUACUCUAUCUUUUCCAGAACCAGCUUACAGGCAUUAUUCCAGAUGAUCUCAGCAACUUAAGGAAUUUGACUAAGCUUGAUUUGUCGAUUAAUUACCUCACAGGUCAUAUUCCAGUUGGAUUUCAAUAUUUGACUGAACUGCUCCAGUUACAGCUCUUCAACAACUCACUGAGUGGUAGCAUUCCUCAAGGGCUUGGAGUGUAUAGCCGACUUUGGGUGGUUGAUUUCUCGGAAAAUGAUCUAACUGGAGAAAUACCCCGUCAUCUUUGCAGACAUUCUAAUCUGAUUUUAUUGAACCUAGGUUCAAACAGACUGACUGGAAAUAUCCCUACAGAGGUCACAAAUUGCAAAUCACUGGUUCAGCUUCGCCUUGUUGGAAACAGCCUUACUGGGAGCCUUCCAUCUGAUUUAUGUAAAUUGGUUAACCUCUCUGCUAUUGAAUUGGACCAAAAUAAGUUUAGUGGCCCUAUUCCUUCAGAAAUAGGGAAUUGCAAAGCAUUGCAAAGACUUCACCUCUCUGAUAAUUACUUUACAUCUGAGUUGCCAAAAGAAAUAGGUAAGCUUUCUAGGUUGGUGACCUUUAAUAUCUCAUCAAAUAUGCUUACUGGACGAAUACCACGAGAAAUUUUCAAUUGCACGAUGUUGCAACGACUUGAUCUCAGUAGGAACAGAUUUGUAGGUUCGUUGCCAGAUGAGCUUGGUAACCUUUUCCAAAUGGAGCUUCUCAAGCUUUCAGAAAACAAGUUCUCAGGAAGUAUACCUGCAUCAUUAGGCAACCUCUCCCGUUUGACUGAGUUACAGAUGGGUGGUAAUGCAUUUUCUGGUGAGAUACCACCAGAAUUUGGUGGUCUUUCAAGCUUACAGAUUGCAUUGAACCUCAGCUACAAUAAUCUCUCAGGUGGAAUUCCACCUCAGAUUGGGAAUCUCAUCUUACUAGAAUUCCUCCUGCUUAACAACAAUCAUUUGACUGGUGAAAUUCCUGGGACCUUUGGGAAUCUAUCAAGUUUAUUAGGGUGCAAUCUUUCAUACAAUGAUCUCACUGGUCCUUUGCCUUCCAUUUCACUGUUUCAGAACAUGGCCAUCAGCAGCUUUAUUGGAAACAAAGGUCUUUGUGGAGGACCUCUUGGGGAAUGCAGUGGAUCUCCAUCUUCACCCUCUUUCCAACCAACUCCACAAGUAGAAGAUCCACCUCUUGCUAAAUUUGUCACAAUAGUUGCAGCAGCUAUUGGUGGGGUUUCUCUCGUUCUAAUUGUAGUAAUUGUAUAUUUCAUCAGACGUCCAGUUGAUACUGUUGCUCCUUUACAAGAUAAACAAUUAUCUUCUCUCUCAGACAUAUACUUUUCUCCAAAGGAAGAUUUUACUUUCCAAGACCUUCUUGAAGCAACAAACAAUUUUGAUGACAGUUAUGUGCUUGGAAGGGGUGCUUGUGGAACAGUGUAUAGGGCAGUUAUGUCAUCUGGGCAGAUAAUUGCUGUUAAGAAGCUUGAGUCCAAUAGAGAGGGGAACAAUAUUGACAACAGCUUUCGUGCAGAGAUUCUAACACUGGGGAAGGUCCGGCAUCGGAAUAUUGUAAAACUAUAUGGUUUCUGCUACCACGAGGGUUCUAAUCUUCUUCUCUACGAGUACAUGGGGAGAGGCAGCCUGGGAGAAUUGCUUCAUGGGGAAUCUUGUAGCUUGGAAUGGCAGACACGAUUCACAAUUGCUCUUGGGGCUGCUCAGGGGCUGGCUUAUUUACAUCAUGACUGCAAGCCUAGGAUCAUUCACCGAGAUAUAAAGUCUAAUAAUAUCCUACUUGAUGAUGACUUUGAAGCUCAUGUUGGUGAUUUUGGACUGGCAAAGGUGAUUGACAUGCCGCAGUCCAAAUCAAUGUCUGCUGUUGCGGGAUCAUAUGGUUACAUUGCCCCUGAAUAUGCAUACACCAUGAAAGUUACAGAAAAAUGUGAUAUCUAUAGCUACGGGGUUGUUCUUUUGGAGUUGUUGACUGGAAGAACACCUGUACAACCACUAGACCAAGGAGGUGACCUCGUUACAUGGGUGAGAAACUAUAUUCAGAAUCAUUCAUUGACACCUGGAAUAUUUGAUGCUCGAUUAAAUGAUGUAAAAGAAAAGAGAAUUGUUGAUCACAUGACCACUGUUUUAAAAAUUGCCUUAUUCUGCACAAGUUUGGCCCCUUUAGAUCGUCCUUCAAUGCGACAAGUUGUGUCAAUGCUGAUUGAAUCUGAUGAGCAACAAGGGAACUGUAUUUCUUCUACAGAUGACAAUACUUCUUUCAAGGAUGAUAUCCCAUGAAUGCCUUCAAUACUUUGGAAUAGCCAAAGUAAAUAUUCUUUUUUCUUUUUGGUGCCAAUUCUUCCUUGUAUUAUUUGCAGAUUGAAAUUUAUAAAGUAUCUCUGUACAUCCUUCUUUUCCACAUUUUUACACCAAUUGUAUCUAUCAGUUUUUGCAGCUAAUGGACAUCCUCUGGAUUUCUCUA